AUGUCCCAGUCUUUUGAAUACUCGCACGACGCUACCGUCAAAGCCAUCACAUCCUUUUACGAAUUCAUGGUACGCUUGCAUGGAGAAGAGGCGGCGCUAAUGGAAUAUCCACCCCCAACCGGCUGGCCGCAAAUCACGUACGAAUCUUUCGCCGGCCUGGGCCAAGAUUAUAUCGACAGCCAGUUCUGUGAGGAAAUCAAGAAAUGGCCUGCUCUCGAGCCCGCCGAGCUGGACAACGAAGAGGGUAGACUUCCGGGUUACAUCGUGAGCCUUGCAUCAGCUUGGGAGGAGCAGGUUGGAUGGACUCUCCUAAUUGACACCAAGCGUGGAGUUGUAAUACUGUGGAAGAACGACGGUGAUCUUCCCGGUUGGGCCUGGGAUUGGGAUGCGGAUAUGUACGAUGUGGAUGCAGACCAAUACGGGCCUGAGGGAUGGAAAUGCAUGCCGACCUACCGCAUCGAGACCUUCUUCGAAUUCUGCAAGGAGCAGUACAGAAUCAUGAACUGGACGCCGGAUCUUCUUCGGGGCGACGCAUGUCAGCCGAACGACAAUGACAACCCCUCCGAGGACGACUUGAGGAGGAGACAGAUAAUGAGAGAUGCUGGAUGGCCAGGCACCGAUGGAGACGGUACUGGAUGGGACAGGGAGAAAGCAGAGAAGGACCUCGAAUGA